GAGCAACUGAGGCGCCGUUGCAAAGGCGAAGUCACAGCCUGAACCUUAACCUGACCUAUAAUCACCUGGAAACAGGCUAAAAGCCUCAACUUGGAACUGAACCUGGUUACCAUGCUUGCACUGAGAGGGAAAUCACUGGUUGUUCAGACAGCUCCUCUCAGGUAUUAUCAGUAUUUGACAGCAAGGAGGUCAUUACAUUCAAACGUGAAUCCAUAUGCACAAUAUUAUGAGGCCUUGGGUGUGCCAAUUGGUAGUGAUCAGGAAACAGUACGUAAUGCGUUUAUCAAGUUAGCGAAGAAGUAUCACCCAGAUAGUGGAAAUAAACAAGCAGAUGGCUCUAAAUUUCAAAUGAUAGAGAAUUCUUACAGAAGAUUGAUGGAAAAAUUCAGCAGUGAAAGACACAAUGCAAAUAAAUGUGAAGGAGAAUUUGGUUUAUAUUAUGAGCAGAAAAUGAAAAACAAGAUAGUAGAAGAAUAUGAGCAAGAGAAGGAAGAACAUAAGGAAUUUGAUAUAGAGCACACAGCUCCUCAGCACAGACAGUAUUUAAGCUAUGAGGGUAUUGGAAGUGGAACCCCAGCUCAGCGUCAAAGGCAGUAUACUCGAUACCAGACUCGGAGAGCUGCUGAAAAUGUCCUUGAUUAUAGAGUAAAAAAAUAUAACUCAUCCUAUCCAGAAGCAGCAUUAAUUGCUAAAGAUAGAGAAGCUGCCAAAAAAAUACGCACCAGGUAUGGCAUUGAUCGUAUUGUGGAGGAUAUCAUCCAGGAAGCGAUUGCAAAAGGGGAUUUCGAUAAUCUUUCUAAUGCAGGGAAGCCUUUAAAAAAUCAGAAUCAUAAUCCUUAUGUUGAUACAGUUACUCAUAAGUUGAAUGAGGUUUUAAUUAACAAUGGAUAUGCUCCAGAGUGGAUUAUGCUGGAAAAAGAAAUCAGGGAUGACCGAACUCGAAUACGUCAGGCGUUACUCAAAGAAAGAGGGAAGCUUGGCCCUUUACCACUAACAGCGGAGGAUGAGAUGCAGUGGCAGAAGUCACUGAAGCAUCUUCAGGAACACAUAAGUGAGAUGAAUAAGAGAAUUAAUAAAUAUAAUUUACUCGUGCCAUCCUUGAGUAAGCAGUUAGUUCACUUUCCUUUGAAAUUAGAGGCAGAAAAAGCCCUUAAAGAAGGACUAUCAAAGGAUCAGCUCCCACCCCCAGAAGAAAUAGAAGAAAAAGUUGCUGCCAAGCAAAGCUUUAGUUUUAGGAAAAUAUUUACCUCUCUUGGUUUUGGCAGGUAACAUGAUCUUGUUCCAUAAUGUAUGGCAAGACAUUUAGUAGCUUAACCAGACCCGUGAUUCAAAAAUCAUAGUUCUCAUAGGGCUGAUCUUAGUUCACAAAGUGACCUAGUUAUGAAGUAGUUUGUUGAUAGAAUUGUUAAACAUUUUGGCCAACUAUUUUAUAAUUGCUUUGUGAUCAGAAUAAGCAAUUGCAGAGCAAGUUACUUUACAGAAUGAGUACUCCUCUUUUAUUACACCAUACCUAAUACUGUAACUGUAGUAAAGUCUUUCAGUGUAAUAAUUAUACAUUAAUUUACAAUUACAAUAAUACAGUAGUUCCCUAUCGUACAUGAAUUCAAUAUGGGGAAAUGCAGCUAUGCAUGAAUGGAAAAUAUUACAUUAAUAUCCAAGAAUUUGCAGUGACUGAUUUCAAAUUUCACAUAUCCAAGAGUCCUUUUGGACUACACAAUAAUAUCUUUACUCGCCUAGAAUUAAUUCAGUUUCAAGGAAUUACUGAUGGUGUACAAAAAUGUUUCAGUAAUGUUUGGUCAGUAUGACCAAAUUAGCACAAAAUUAGUGUUGACAGCAGAGUAUGUUGAACCAGAGAGAGCCCAAAAGCUGUGGUUUAAGAAGGG